GACCUCUUUGGGGGAGCAAUGGCCUGCAAUGUGCCGGAUUCCUUCGAUGACCUGAGUAAAAUAAUGGUCGUCCCAGAUCAGCAAGAGGCGCUUACCAGCGAGUGUGGGAGAGUCAGUGUGAUCAUCGAGGUCUUGGAAUAUCAGGCAGUACCGGAUGCAAAGGCUGCUGAGUUCUUUUUCAACGACUUAACGCAAGCGAACUCUGCACUAUCUUCGAAAUGUCUGGAAACAAAGAUUUUGUCCCCUUCUGAUCUCCCAUCCCUGGGACACACCGUAGGCUUGCUAAAGGGAGAAUUUGCAGUGCAGAAAAAGGCUGAAACAACCCCUGAACACGUGUUCGUACGCUUGGCUGUAAUAAGGAUUCCAAAGCACCGGGCGGACAUCCUUAUAUCUAUGAAUGAAAAAGCAGAUGACACCUCCGGCCGGGGCGGCUCAACCGAAAUUGGAGCACCUUCCUUUGAUGACACCUUUCGUGUCAUGAUCGAAACCUUCAAAAUUAACGACUACGGCUUAUUUGCAUAG